AUGAAAUCUCCCGACACACCCAAGGAAAAAGUAUGUGCUGAUAUGUUUCUAGUGCUUCCCCAACACCUGCAAACAUUUAUUGGUCUGGGAAUUGACAACUCUCCUGUGAAACCAUCUGUACCAAUAAAACCCAUUGAUGAUAGUGUCACAGAGCUCAAGUCUGAAGUAGAGCAAGGAGCUCCUGAUGUGGUGGACAAGUUAAAGCAAAGACCAGAGAUCACACUAGAACUCAUCAAGGAUGAUAGAUAA